GUGGCGUUGGUGAUCCAAGGUGAUCGGUGAAUCGGUGCUGGAAUGGAUUUAAAAGUUUCAAGUUUAAUUCCCUCGUCUGUUUCCCUUGUCCAUCUCGUUUCAUAAAGCAUUAUUAAAUGUUAUUACAGUAGUAAUUUGAAUUAUGUGUUCAUUAGUGCCUAGUGGUAGGGAAGUGGGGAAUGCUUGGAUUAUUUGCCGGUCUAAAUCCUACGCAGGUCAUAUGUAUUAUUUUAAUAGUUUAACUGGAGAAGCUGUUUGGAAUCUCAGUGAAACUGAGGCAGCGAAGGCUGAGAGAAGAACACAGUUUUUACAAAGUCAGCCUGGUUUUCUAAUUGAAGAUUGUCCUGAACCAGCAGAGGCUCCCAAAGCUGAUACUGCAAAUAAGCAACCUUGCAGCAACAUGAACCAGUUUCCUCCGUGUAUAGCCCCACCAAAAGUAUACAAUAAACAAAUUAUCAACAACUGCUUCCCUAAAUCUGCAAUGUGUAUGCCACAUGGCCACACACACAACAUGUCGCAUCAGUUCCAUCUGUGUAACCCCAUGAAUCCCAUACCGUUCAAUGUUCCUCUUGCACCAGCUCCAAAUCCUUCUACAUGGAAUGCUGCACCUCAACAACUAUUUGUCCCUCCAACAUGCAAUCAGCCCAAUUUUGAAGAUGUGUAUUUACAUAACAUGUCAAACAUGCCAAACGCCACGCGAUGUUCUGGAAUAUCACAAAAACAACUUGGUAUUGGGCAAGCUCGUCAAAAAUUUCACAUAAAUCGACAUAGGCCUAACAAAGGUAGAUUCCAAACAAAACCCAAUAAGAAAGAGGACUUACGCUUUUUCCUCUUAAAAAAGAGAGAAGACCAAAUAAAGAAAAAAGAAUUUCAAGUCAGAGCCAAUGAAGGUGCCUCAUAUAAUAGUAAAUACAAACAAGAUGGAAUAAAUCCACUUUCAAUCAGUAUUCAGAGGAAAUAUCAUAGUUUAGGCACAAAUGAAGAAGAAGAUGAACAAAAUUAUGAUGAUUAUGAACAUUUGGGCUAUGAUUAUGGGGUUAAGAAACAAGGUGAUAAUACUCCCCAUCGACCCCGCAUUAGAAGAAGAUAUAAUUUCAGUGCGAAUGAAGCAGAAAAUGAUGAAGAUAAUGAGUGGCUUGAACAUUCAAACAACAAAAAUACUGAUACUAACCAAGGUGGUGUUAGCCUGUAUCCAUCCCGCAUUAAAAGGAGAAGUUAUAGUUUCAGUGCAAAUGAAGGAGAGAAUAAUGACGAUAAUGUGUGGCUUGAAGAUUCAAACAACAAACAUACUGAUACUAACCAAGAAGAUGUUAGUCCAUAUCCAUCCCGCAUUAAAAGGAGAAGUUAUAGUUUCAGUGCAAAUGAAGGAGAGAAUAAUGACGAUAAUGUGUGGCUUGAAGAUUCAAACAACAAACAUACUGAUACUAACCAAGAAGAUGUUAGUCCAUAUCCAUCCCGCAUUAAAAGGAGAAGUUAUAGUUUCAGUGCAAAUGAAGGAGAGAAUAAUGACGAUAAUGUGUGGCUUGAAGAUUCAAACAACAAACAUACUGAUACUAACCAAGAAGAUGUUAGUCCGUAUCCAUCCCGCAUUAAAAGGAGAAGUUAUAGUGUCAGUGCAAAUGAAGAAGAAAAUGAUGAAGAUCAUGAGUGGCUUGAACAGACAAACAACAAACGUGCUGAUACUAACCAAGGUGACGUUAGUCCACGUCCAUCCUACAUUAUUAGAAAUUAUAGUUUCAGCGCAAACCAAAAAGGAAAAAAUUAUGAAGCCAAUGAGUGGCUUGAACAUUCAAACACAUAUAGUGAUACAAAAGGUGAUAUAGGUCCACGUCCAUUAUGCAUUAGAAGAAAAAGUUUCAGUGCUAAUCAAGCAGGAGAAAAAAAUACUGACGAGGGCUUUGACUAUACAAACGACAAAUAUAAAGAUACAAACAAAAGUUAUGUUAAUACACUUCCAUCCCUUAGUAGGAGUCCCAAACCAAAUGAAGAAGAUUUUGUAAAUAAUGAUGAUAUGAGGCUAAAAAAAAGUUUGGAUUCACAAGGAGAUAUAACUCCUCUAGAAAGAAAAUUCACUAACACUUUGCAAGUAAAAGAAAGUUCGGGUGUCACUUAUAUAGUCCCUGACUCUGAUGUGUUUCUGAAUAACAUAGAUCUUCUCACAGAUGUACUCAAUUCAGAUAAGCAUUUCCGUCUCUUGGUACCAAGAAUGAUAAUGAACAAAAUUGAAACUGCAACUAAAACUCGUUACGCAACACUAGCUUACAAAGCUUUAUAUUUUAUCCAUGAACAAAGUGACGCAAAUCUUGCACUAAUUGAGAAGGAAAAUGAAGAAAAUGAAAGGAGCGAUGAUGAUAUAUUAAAUUUUUGCUCCCAAUUAAUUGACCAAGAGAGUAUGGUUCUGUUAACUGAUGACACAGAGUUAAUCAAUAAUGCCAACACUAAUAAUAGUAACAUUCAUAUAAUUACAACUGCGCGCAUGAAACAAUUAGUAAAUGAAGACAAGUCAAAGGAGACUGUCACUAGUAAUUACAAGUCAAACGAGACUACAACUAGGAAUAUAGAUUUAGAAGAACUUGCUAAUAUGAAAAUUACUAUUGAUAACAAAUCAAAUAUUCAACAUGAUGAAGAAAUUAGUAAAUCAGCCAUAACGAAAUGUUUGAACACUGAAAAAGGUCUUGAUCAAAAUAAGGUGGAAAACCAAUUUUGUGCUAAAGGUGUUUCCCAAAAUGUUAAGAAAGCCUGUGAUAUUGGUGUUCAAGCUUCAUUUGAGUUAAAUUCUGUGUCAGCGCCGCGUAUUACGGAUGAUAUGAUGGAUGAGGUUGUUCCACCAGAUUCAAAUAAAACAAAUGACAUUGCACUUUGUAAAACAGAUGAGAUAUCACUGAAACACAAUUUUCCCUGUGACCUUUCACCAAAUACAAAAAUAAGUAACAAUAAGAAAAUGCACGAAAUUAAAGCUAAAUCAACUCUUUCCAGUGAUCGUUCUAAAGUAAACAACAGAGUCGGGUCAAUAUGCCCCGUAUCCAUUAUCAAUGAAACCACCCUUUCAGAUAGUAAAAAUUUAACUUGGAGCCUAUUUUCGAACACAUCUAUGGAAUCUCUGAACAAAAUUAAUGAAGGGAGCGAUAACAGUAGCAUUAUAUAUAGAAACUCGAAUCGACGUGAAAAUGUCACUAUGGAAGACAGCUCUACUUCAGUAAUAUCGAAUACGACGAGCAACGUCGACACGGAAAGCGAAAGGGCCGGGGUACAAAAAGCGAUUACCGAGGCCGAUGAUUCGAUAGUGAUGUUCAAGGUGAAGAACGGACAGAUGGAGGAGGCGCUGCGGGUGAAGGCGGACGAGUGGGUGUCGCGCUUCGUGCAGAUCAUGGAGGAGGCGCUGAGCCAGCUGCUGCAGCGCGAGCCGGGCCGCGCGCCGGGCUGCAUGCCGCCGCCGUGGACGCUGCGUGAGGCCGUGCAGUGCGUGCGCCUGCGCUUCCGCCACGGCCCGCACGUCGAGCACGCGGCCGACUGCCUGCUGGCGUUCUCGAGGGACCAUGGCGACUUACGGGGAAAUAUCAAAUCAAACAUUGCUCCUCAUAAAUAUAUGGAAUUAUACAGCUAUGGAGUAUACCUCAUUGAUGCUUUGCAGGGUAUUUUAAGCAGUAACGAAGAUCUUCUAAUGGCAGAGCAAGCCCUGUCUAAGUUGCUGGAUGAUAUAAAGCAAUCACAUUUAGAUCCUGGUAAUCAAGAUUCCUUCAAUGAUAUUUCUGAGCAAGAAUGCGAAGCUAACGUCGCUUCUGACAAACAUACAAGUUAUGCAGAAGUAAACCAAGAUGAUAAAAAGACGGAAAUCCUGAAAGAAAGCCCAAGGAGACGUAAAAAAAAUCAAAGCCCAGCAAGUACACCUGGCAAAUACAAUCUACGAUCACAAAGAAAAUCAAAUAAAGAGGAGAAUCGAGAAACUUCCGACAAUGUUACUGUUACUGAUCCUACAAGAAUUGAUUCUCAAUCUUCCUUCCUUACAAUAUUCAGUUUGAUGAAUACUAGCGAAAAGCCCCAUCCAAUAAUGGGGUUAGAAACUAGUGGUGAUAAACAAAACAAAAGUGGCAGUCCGAGUUCAAAUAAGAUGGACGAGCACAUCAACAGUUCAGGAGAAUCCACCACUCCAAUUCUAAAUGGUGAUCCUAACAUGAAUGAACCAAAAAUCGUCAGAAACUUUUUUAAAUGUGUCGAAUUUGAAGAGAGAUUAAUAAAAAAUAAAACAGGACAUUUUGAUGAUAAUCAAGACGCUUGGAGAUAUUAUAAUGAUGAUGAUGAAGAUGAGGGUGAAUUAGUUAUCAAUGAAGAAUUCACAGGGAACUACGAAAACGAAGAUUAUUAUAUGGACAGCGACUCCUAUAAUAUGAACUUAGAUAAUUUAUGGUACAAUGGAAAUAUGGCAGAGGAGACUAACCUUAAUAGUAGUUUGCAAAAUUCAAGAGCUCCUAAUGCCAACUGUGAAAACGAAACUGUCACUUUUAAACUUUUUAUGGAAGAUUUAGAAAGUGAUAUCUUGAAGGCGUAUUCAUCGAUCCACGAUUUUCUUGUACGGUCUAGCGAAAGCUUACAGUCUGUGGACACAAGUGCUGACGAUAUAGGACGAAUGCAAGCGCGAGCCGAGAAGACAAUCGCAUGCAUUAGUAACAUGUGUGAUCAAUUUAAGAGUGUAUUGACAAGAGAAAAUACGAACCAGAGUGUAUUCCAAAUUCUUAGUAAAAAGGAAUUUGAAGAUAUCAUAGUCGAAAAUGAUGAUAAGGACAGUUAUAGAGCUUUCAUUAGCAAGUGUUUGGAGGAUGGAAGCCUUUUGAAGGAAUCCAUCGAAUUAGUGCUCGCAGGUUGCAAGUUGAAGACCACGCUGCUCACAGGUUGCGAGUUGAAGGCGGCGUAGCGCUUAAUGAAGUCGAAUCUUAUUUAUAUUCUUAUGUCCACUUUUGGUACUAGUACAUUAUUGUCUAGCCCUGAGAUUAAGCAAUGACGUUAUUGCUAAUAAAAGUUGUGUAUGUAAUUAUAAAUUAAUCUAAGGGCUAUUAAUAGUCCUUUAUACAAACCAGGCUGUUAAUUGCUAUUUCGGUAAAGACUGGUAGAGUAUUUUUCUCUCAUUUGCGAGGAAAAAUAAACAAAUGAAUUCAGAAGCAGUUUGUACAGUUAGAUAACGAUAAUAACACUUGAAACGCACACAACGUGACGCAAUGAACUCUUUUGCUAAGUAAAAUGAAAUAAUUCUUUCAAGGAACCAACGAAUCGAGUCCUUUUGACUAAACAAGGUCGUUAAUUACUAUUUCAACUGAUACUUGAGUAAUUUUUUUCUUUUUUGCGUCGAAACAAUAACCAAAUGAAUUAAGAAAAAACUUACAUAGAAUAAAAUAUUUUUUAUUCAAUUAUUUUUAUUGUAGUAUGUACAGUUAGACAAUAGACAACAAUAGUAAUUGAACAUGAACACUUUUGCCAAGUAUCAAAUUUCUAAACUGCCUGAGCCUAGCCUUAACAGUGAAUCUCAUGUGCUACUAUGCGCUUCUGUUACUUUAUUCGUGUACUAGCGACUCGCCCCAGCUUCACACAAAUGCAAUGACGUAAAUCCCGUCAUAUUUUGUUAUAAUAUUUCAAAGAAUAAGACAACAUUUUCGAUUAAAGCUCUCAGUCGGCUUGAUUUCUGCCAACAGCUUGAAUACUUAUCGUCAUAUUUCAACAAAUGAACACAAAAGACCGUUAUACUAUACGUGUAAACCUUCCUCUUGAAUUACUCUAGGGGUGAGAUCUAUAGAGCACCCUCGGACUUUGCUUAGACAUAAGACAAGGUUAAAAGGAGACAGAUGGAUAACCGCACAUAAAUCUGUCCCGUUUUAACUCAAUCUUAAGUCUGAGCUAAGUAAAAUUGCGCUCUAUAAAUCUCACCCCAGGGUAUCUAUUGAUGAAAACCACAUUAAAAUCCGUUGCGUAGUUUAAAAGAUCUAGGCGUACGGACGGAGGAACAGACCGGCUAAAAUUAUUUGAAUAUCACUCAGUGAAGCAGCAAUGUACAACCAACCAGUGUUCAUUGAGCUGGGUGGCUAUCAUUUAGUGUUAAAAACUGAGAAAGCAAAUCGACCUACUGGGCGGUAUAGCAAGCGUCAAUGACCUUUAUUGGUGUUCGGAGGCUCAUCAGGUAGGCAGAUACUUUCAUUCUUGUGCAAUCUUAGAUACGAGUCCCUAAUUAAAAGAAACAUCCCCACACCUCAGUCCUUCGACAGAAUUCCCGUGCGAAGCUGGGGUGGGUCGCUAGUUAGUAUGAACUCGAACACUUACGUUUUUGUUUUUUACCCGACUACGGCAAAGCCGAAAGGAAGGGUUGUGAUUUUAUUGUCAGAGCGUACAGUACUUAUAUGUAACUUAGUCAUGUUCGUUUGCUUUUUUUGUGCGCAUGUGCGAGAUUCGUGCAUGCGCAGUUGCGCGCGCCAAUUUCAAAUUUUAAAACUUGUCAGAGAUAAGGAUGCGUAGCGCAAAAUUUAUUUUAUUAAUUGCGCAUGUGCAAAUCGUGUAUAUAAAAAGCGAACGAACACGAUUUAUAAGUUACGCCGUUGUUCCUGCGCAGAAAUCGCAGAAUUUUCGAUUGGCGCAAAGAUAUCUCCGCCAAUCAUAGCGCACGUCUGACCUCUAUUUGUUGGAGCCUACAUGCCGUACACUACAGCCGUCAUGUUUUGUAUGCGAGAUAGCGCGAGUCUCUGGUGUUCUUGUGUUUAAAAUCUUAACGUCAAGCAAUAAGGUCUAUUUCAUUGGUGUAUAUAUUUUAUUAUUGGUGUAUAUUUGGUUUUAGUCGGUAUUUGGUCGUCUGCGCAAACGAAUUUUGAUGCAACUUAUAAAAGUGAUAGUACUACUAUACGACCUUAGGUAAUAAAUCUUUGUGUAGAUGAUAGAGUUACGAAUGGCUCGGAUGAUGAAAACUUGUAUCACCAUCAUGAUCAACCCGUCGCCGGCUUGCUACUUUAAUAUAGCACGGGUCUUGUAACGAUUAUUAUUAUUAGUAGUAGGUUGGUUGUAAGUAGGUAAUAAUGAUAAAACUACACUUUAUAGAGAUUUUUAUUGCAUUUUUAUCUCUCGUUAAAAACAUCAUGGAACAUUCAAUCAUGGAACAAUAUUUAUAAGAACGUGUUACGUUUAUCCCCCUAAAAAUCUUUCCUUGGGUGGAAAUUCGGAAAUGUGAGUCGGGGUAUUCACCCUAGCGGGAAUUUUUAGGGGUAUACACGGAUCAAACCACGAAAACAAUAAAGUUACAGUGUUCUUAUAAUAAAAACGUAAUAUUAAUUAAAUAGUAACAAAACAAAAUUAUAAAUAGCAUAGUAUAGCUCUUAAGACUAGAAUGAGU